CCUUCAAGAAGAACACUCGUGUUGGCAGCAGAGAUUAUUUUCGUGCCCUUUUAGAACUGGUUUCAAUUUGAAAAUGCUGCUGGUGUCGCUCACACUGAUGGCUUUUGGCCUGGUCCAAACGCUGCCCAUCGAGGAGGCUGAAACGCCGGCCACUAGUGAGCUGCCCGAUUCAGGGCGAGUGGUCUUCGAUCAGCGACAGACGGGCAGAUUCAACAUCCACGUAAGCAUCAAGGAUGUGGCCAUCAUCGAGGUGGGCCAGAAUGGACUGGCUGAGGAGACGUACAACGAUGAGGAGGAUUACUACUAUGAUGACAGUGCGUUGACCGUCAAACCGAUCAAGUUAACCACAGAGGCGAGCACCAGCACCACAGCGAGCACCACAUCGGUGGCAGCACCGCCGGAGAGCCCAGUUACCACACUUGCCCCUGUGGCAACUUCUGUGGCAACCACAUCCACCGUCGGCGAGGUCAAGCUAAAUUCCAGCUUCAGUUCUAAUCUUCUAGCUGACAUCGCGGCCAGCAUAUCUAAGCCCAGAUCCAGGCUAAACAAUCUGAUGAUCGUGGAGACACCGAUUGGGGGCACAGCCAAGCCACUGCAUCAUCCUCAUCCCCAUCCACUCCAUGCCAGAUCCAAGGAUAUACCCAUAAUGGCUGCAGCGGCUGCUGCUGCUGCAAUUACACCGCCCACUUUGCCCGAGAGCAUUGAGUACACACCGCCCAAAGGUCACAACUCGCCCAUUUUCAAGGUGAAGGUUCAACGAUCUUCGAUGCCGGCAACAAAGAAACCAGCACGCUGCCGAAAUCAUCAAGUGCGAGAUGCCCAGGGCAAGUGCUCCGACUCGAUCUACAGAAAGCUGUACAGCAUGCUGAUGGGGAUGAAUUUCCCUUUUUUGGCAGCAGCAAAUGCCGCAGAAAGUGCUUGAUGACUUAACAAUAUAAAUAACGAUAUACUCUAAUUGGAUCUUAGCCAUAAGCGUGAAAUACA